CUUUUUGUCUCUCUCCCCCUGCAGUGAGGAGCAUCAGCCUCCGAAGUGACAACACUCGGGCAGCAAAUCAUCCCCCAUAUUGGAUUCCUCUUGGAAUAAUUGUCAUGGGAAUAGAUAAAUUGGUUUCCCAAACAUGACAUGUUAAAAACGUUAAGGUGUUCGAUAGUGAAAAAACAGUAUGAGCUAAGUAAAAUGAGAAUCUAUUAAUGAUAAAUAGAGUCUUUAAUAUAACAUUACAUUUUUCUCUAAAUUUUUAAAGUGAAGGAGAAAAACAGAAUAACAGCAUCAAUUAUGAACAUCAAGAUAAGCACUUAACUUCCCUUGUUCGGAGGUGACUUAUCAACAUCAUAGCAAUAGGGGUGGGUCAUGACUCAGUUGCCAUGCGUGUUGUCAUGGUGACCAGCCCCUGUACCCCUUUCCCCCUCCUCUGGUUGGUCCAGCUUUUGUUGUGGUUUCACAACCAUGGACCUCAGCUGACAGAGGCAGCGCCCCCCUGCCCCAGCCCCUGUACCUGCUCCAACCAGGCGAGCCGUGUCAUCUGCACGAGGAAGAGUUUAGAUCAAAUCCCCGACAGUAUUUCAGAGAACACAAGAUACCUCAAUCUACAGGAGAACACAAUUCAGGUGAUCAAGUCCGACACAUUUAAGCAUCUGCGGCAUUUGGAAAUACUGCAACUCUCCAAGAACCACAUCCGGCAGAUUGAGGUGGGCGCUUUCAAUGGUCUCCCCAACCUCAACACAUUGGAGCUUUUUGACAACCGUCUCACAGUGGUACCGUCCCAAGCCUUCGAGUACCUCAGCAAGCUAAGGGAACUAUGGCUACGAAACAACCCUAUCGAGACACUGCCGGCAUUUGCCUUUCACCGUGUUCCCUCCUUACGGCGUCUCGAUCUAGGGGAACUCAGGAAGCUGGAUUUCAUCUCAGAGGCUGCUUUUGAAGGUCUGGUAAACUUGCGUUUCUUGAAUCUUGGCAUGUGUGGCUUGAAGGAUAUUCCGAAUCUGACUCCAUUAGUGCGACUGGAGGAGCUGGAGCUGUCGGGUAACCAGCUGGGGAUAGUCCGACCCGGAUCCUUUCAGGGUCUAGUGUCUCUUCGCAAGCUAUGGCUAAUGCACUCCAGAGUGUCAGUCAUUGAACGCAAUGCUUUUGAUGAUCUCAAAAACUUGGAAGAGCUCAACCUUUCCCACAACUCCCUGCACUCCCUGCCUCAUGACCUUUUCACCCCUUUGCAUCAGUUGGAGAGGGUACACCUCAACCACAACCCCUGGGUGUGCAACUGUGAUGUUCUGUGGCUCAGCUGGUGGCUUAAAGAAACAGUACCCAGUAACACCACAUGUUGUGCUCGCUGUCAUGCACCCCCUGGUCUAAAGGGCAAGUACAUUGGGGAAUUAGACCAGAGCCACUUUAUCUGCUAUGCCCCAGUGAUUGUUGAGCCACCUACUGACCUCAAUGUCACUGAAGGCAUGGCUGCUGAGCUGAAAUGCCGUACUGGAACCUCCAUGACCUCCGUGAACUGGUUCACUCCAAACGGCACUCUGAUGACCCAUGGAUCGUAUCGAGUUCGGAUCUCAGUGCUUCAUGACGGAACACUGAACUUCACCAACGUGACCGUGCAGGACACCGGACAGUAUACCUGCAUGGUAACCAACUCUGCUGGAAACACCACUGCGACCGCCGUGCUCAACGUGUCUGCUUCAGACCCCAGCAACAACUACAGUUAUUUCACCACUGUCACUGUGGAAACAGUGGAGACCGUGAGGGGCGAAGAGGAGAACUCGGCAAGACAGUAUAUUAAUGAGACCUUCAUAGAUUUACCUAAUCCCACUGUUCAGAGAGGGUUAGAUGGCAUCACUAUAUCGCCUUCUCUUUCUUCUCUUUCCUCGCUGUCCCCACGAGCCAACCGAGCCACUGAAAAUGCAGUGACUGUGUCCAUAAUGGAUGUAACUAAUAUUCCGGGCCUGGACGACGUAAUGAAAACAACUAAGAUCAUCAUUGGUUGCUUUGUGGCCAUUACUUUUAUGGCGGCUGUUAUGUUGGUGGUCUUCUAUAAACUCCGCAAACAGCACCAGCUGCACAAGCACCAUGGGCCAGCCAGAGCCAUCGAAAUCGUCAAUGUUGAAGAUGAGAUCGGAGCUGGGGCCGGAAGUGGCAUCUCAGGUGGCUCGACGAUGAAUUCUGGCGCAGGUGGAGAAGGAACCUUGAGGAUACAUCAUCCGGAAAUAGUCAACCUUCCCAAUAUUGGCCGUACAGAUACGCUCAACCAUUACUACAAGACGCAUCAUUUCAACAACAACGUCAUGGGUCUUAGCAUCGGCAGCGACGGGAUGGGACCAGGAGGGAUGCUUAACAGCAAGAACCAGCAAGGCCAGGAAAUCCCAAUCUCCUGUACCUCUGUCCCGAUCUCUACAUCUAAUUUGCUCUCCUCGUCAGGCAACGGCACCAACACCAACCCCAAUUCUAUGUCCCCACCGCUGCCGAUGUCUCUCCCCAUGCCCACCAUGGGCUUACAUGGAUCGAUCAAGGGUUUCAUGGGCCAGAACCAGAAUCCCCAAAUGGAGCCUCUUCUCUUCAAGGGGAGCUCAAAGGAAAACGUCCAAGAGACACAGAUCUAAAAACUAAAGUGAGAGCAAAGAGGGAGAGUGAGCAGGAGACGAAGACAGAGAGGGGAUUGAUGUUGGGUGUUACGUGCGGAAUGAUUAGACACUAGAGUGCAUUGACAUUACACGAGGAGAGAGAAUAGACGGACACGGCAAUACACAAACACAUAGACUUAUCUGUGACAGUGUACUGAGCCAAGGAUUACCACAAUGGCCCACUUGUGUUUGUAGUAACGAUCAUGGCCAUGGAGAUCAAGGAAUGGACAUUGCUACAAUGUAAAUCUGUGCCAAAGCAAAUGUUUUUUGCAGUUUCUACAAGCUGUGUUCUCAUAGGAAAAACUAGCCUUUCAGAGUAAUCAGUCCCCAAACCGUUGUUGGCCAGCAGAGUUGAAAGACACGCACAGCACUUGCCACACUGAAGAUCAGAGAUAUUGCAGAACAAAAUCCAAGAGACAUUUUUCUUCCACAAAAAAAAAAAAAAAAAAAAAAGAAACCAUGAGCCACACUCUCUCUCAAGUGACUCAAUAGACUCUCUCAAGGUGAAAAUUAUGUAGGCAUAAAUAGAUGGACAAAAAGGUACAGUGCAGUACAAACUACUGUGAAAAAUCCACAAAUUAUAUAAAUAUAUUUUCAUCUAAAUAUGUAUCAUUGCAGACUCCGAUGCAGACAUAUUUUGGGGUGGAUGUAUAAGCUGGUAUAGUUUGUUUCUUUGUGAAUAAUCAGGGGCGGUGACGGUGGAGGUUUGUUAUGAUACGUUUUAAGUUUGGCUACUUCUCAGAAACAUAAGGGCUCAAUUGCAACACUCAUUGUGAUUCUUUGAAUUGGCUUUGUGACAUGAAGUCCAUUUAGGUUGUGGAACAGUAAAUGCAGAUCUCUGUUUGACAAACUUUUGUCUGUUGUUUCAGUAAUAAUCAUUACAAUAUUUUGUGUUCUGAGAGUGUAUUAUGUAUUUUGUAAAAGCCAGCUACUUGGUAUUUGAAUUGACAAUUCUGAUACUUAAAUGCCAGCAUCAAAUAAUGGUGGGGGAAAAAAAAAAAACAAAAGGAAAAAAAAAAAACAGUGUUUCACAAAGACAAAACGGUAAUCCAAUGCAAAGAUCUGCAUGGGUUAAAUAAAGUGUUGACAAUGUGUUAUUUGAAUCAGAUCAGUAGCCAGAUAUUUGCUUUUAGACAGGAAUUUGAUAUGACCUCCUUGCUCAUGGUUACCAUAAUCAUGCCAUAAAAUGCUGUCAGAAGGAUGAUUAGACGUUUAUCUGCAGCAGCAUUCAAGAAGGGAUUAAACAUCCGUCUUAGGAUGAUUGGAAUGAAUGGAAAUGUACAGUAUAUUAAUAAUAAUAAUGUCUGGUUGUAUGACAAUUGUAAGAUCCACAUUUUUACAGUGUAACUUUCAUAUGUUUAAUGCCAUUUACGCUUCUUGCGUUUCAACUAUGUAUUUCUUUAUUUUUGUUAGUUUGAUAUAAUGUGUACAGUUGUCUAGCCAUGUAUCAUUACGUGUGAAAUAAAUCAAUCAUAUAUUGGGUUGUGGCGGGUCAAUAUGGCAACCACAUAAGUAAAGAGUGAGACAUUAUGCAGUCGCCCGUGCUAAACCUGGAUUGAAUGUAUGGUUUGUGGUUGAGCCAUUAGUCAGCCUGGUAAUGAUAGGUGCCAUCUGCUCUGUUUACGUGUUCAGACAGGCUUUUAGUCAUGCUUCUAUAGAUGGGCUACACCACAUGACUGAUUUUUGGUGAAUUAGUGUUUUUAUGAUCUUAUUCUUAAUGAAGGCGCUUGGUGUAAAGUCACUUAGUGUGCUUCUCCCAUAGUAAUUAUUUUACACUAGUGUUUGAACUGGUUGGAAAUGGAAAAUUACAAUUAAAGAAAAGGAAUAUAUUGAAUAAAUUCAUUGUUUCGACUGCUCUUAUCAAACAGGACCCUAAAAUGUUUGUUGCAAUUGAGCACAAACUGGACAUGUGACCAGUUAUUCCAGAGAUAGUGCAACGUUUUGACUGUAAUGCAGUUGUGUAUGAUUUUGCUGGGCUUCGUUCUGUUGUAAUUCUGCACCCCUCCCUCUGACACAGUGUGUGUGUGUGUGUUUUUUUUCUGUUUUUUUUUACCCGCAAAUGUCAUUCAUUUCUGAGGUGUUUUAUGUGCGUUAUCAAGGUUUUUGUUAUCGCUGAGAAGACGACACAAGAAAGAAUAGCAAUAAUGAUGAUGAUAAUGUGAUAUCGGGCAUGCUUAUGAAAGGAGCACCUUGUGUAUUCAUGCACACGUUAUUGAGUCAGUGUGUAAUUCUGAAAAUCUAAACCGCCUUUUACAAUGUGUCUGAUCACACCGACAACAGCACUUGAAAGAGGAUUGAGA